CCGGAUAUUAGCCAACUUCCUCAGCAGAAAAUAUCUUUGAGCGCCAUACUUCCUCCACUUGAUAGUAGUUUUCAUAUGGUAAAUUAAGGUAUCAAACACAUUGCAUGCACUGGCAGUCCGCAGUUUUUACCAAAAUUAUCCAGAAAUGUUGACCUGACAUAUAUACUAACAGAAAAUGAAUGAGCUGAACCAGCUAAAAAACAAGAUUAAUGACGUAUGUAAAGACUUGUCUGAGAGUGGGGAAGAAUCAAUAUUUGUGACAGUGAAUAUAGAACAGACAACAUGUUUUGUUAUGGGAUCAGAUAUUGGGCUGAAAUGGUUAGACUCUCAGAGCACAAUGAUCCAAGAUUUCUUCCGUUAUGUUUCUGGAUCAAGAUUGAAAAUCAGUGCUUCAUCGAAUGAGUCACCAAAGAAAGAAAAUGAAAAUUUGAACCAAUCUUUGGAUGAAGAGACAAAUGAAUGGACAAUAAAGGAAGAAAUAACUGAUCCUUCUCAGGAACCUGAAGAAUGUUUAAAGACUGGUACAGUUCAGAAUACAGAGACAGAACAAACAGGAGAUUUUAUAUACACAGCAACUAAACAGCAAAUAAUUGAAUGGAGUUUUCAAGAAACCAAGACAUUUUAUGAACAAGUGAAAAAGCAUGGGUAUGGAAACUGGAAUAUCAUAAAGGAAGAAUUGAACACUUCUAGAACAGUUGAACAAUUGAAGGAAUGGUGGAAAAUCAUGAUAAAAGACCAAUCUUUAAUGCAGGAAUUUAAUUUUGGGAAGAUUAAAAAGCUUUCAGUCAAGCUUGGAGAAGAUUCAGAUGAAACUGUAGUGAAUGAAGCAUCAGGGACAAACACUUUAAAACAUUCAGUAAGCCCUGAUUCAGAUGAUUCAGACAUCACAAAGGAAGGAACAGUAAAAUUUGAGGCAAACACUUUGUCAGGUGCGAGUGAAGAUGAAGAAAAUAUUGUGCAAAAAGAUAAUAGAACCAAUACAGCAGACAACAACAAAGCUGUCCAGGAUGUCUUGAUUGGAAGUAGCCUGAAUCAGGAACAUCUGUCUCCAAUGCCAGUAACUGCAGAGACUUUACCAGUUAUUGAAAGUACAAAUUCUUUAAUAUUGUUAGCAAAUACAGUAGAACCUUCAUCUGAAAAUAGAACAAAUAAAGUAAAUGAUACAAUUGUAAGUGUUUCAGAUUUGGAUGAAGAAGAUGAAAAUAUCAUAUCGCCAGCAUCCAAACCUAACACAGCAAAAAAACGAAAAAGAUUUCUUGAAAAUUCGUCAGAAAACAAAAGGUUGAGAGUGCAAGUGAAUUCUUCCAAAAAUAAAGAUGCAAAUACUAAAAAUUCUACAGAAAGUCUUGACAAAACUGCAAACAGGACUUCAAGUACAAAUGAUGAUACUCAGCAUGCUUCAUCUCGGCCACGGAGAACACCAAAACCAAAGAAACUUUUCAAUAUGGAAUGCUAUGUCAAGUUAGAAAAUAUCAAUAAAAUGAAUGUGACAGACUUAAUUAAUAGAGCCUCUAUUAAUGAGCCGAGACUAAAACUGUUAGAAAGCUGUCAAAUUAAAAAAGAAUCAGAAGAAGAAACAAACCUCAGUUUACAGAUGAGUAAAAGUGUUACAGUGGAGACCAAAGAGAACAUGGACAAUCCUCAAGAUAGAGAAGAUUUAAAUGCAGAUAUCAGAUCUGUAGAAAUAGAUCCUACCUUUCUUGUCCAAUCUGAUGGUAGUUCUGAAAAUGAUGUUAUAGAGGAAUCGGAAGAAAUUCCUAAGAAAAAACUGAAAUCAAUUUGGAACUCAAAAGAUGAGAGCAUGGUAACUAACAAGAAAAUGUUUCUAGAAAAUCAUAAGAACAAUAUAAGGAGUCGUAUUAAACGAGCUAGAAAACGUGAAGAUGGUCACAUCCCAUGUCCGACAUGUGAUCUAAUGUUUAGUACAAGUAAAGGGUUGAAGAGGCAUGUUAGAGUUUGUCAGGUGAUUAAAUGUCCCCAAUGUAACGAGGAGUUCACGUCUCUGGAGGAGCUGGAGGAGCAUCUGGAGGUUCACGAGGGGGAGGAGUUACAGGAGUACCAGUGUAGGUAUUGUGACAUGCAAUUCCCAUUGAAAAGUCAACUGAGGGAGCAUGAGAAGUCACAUGAUGAGUUAAAGGACCAGUACAAGUUCCGAUGCCCACUGUGUCCCAAGAUCUACACAGUUGGUACCAGUUUACGUCAUCAUUUAAAGGACGCACACAAGGAAUCAAGGAUUUGUUGCUUGGUUUGUAGGAAGUUUUAUGAUUCAGAAUUUGAUUAUAAUCAACACAUGGGUAAUCAUCACCAAACAGUUAAAAAAAAAGUCAGCCCAUUUUCCUGUAAAAAAUGUGGGAAGACUUUUGAACAGUUGUACCAUCUGAAGAGACAUAAUCGAUACUUUCAUAAUGCUGUUGGAGAGCGUAUCUGUAAACUAUGUUUGAAGAUAUGCAAAGAUAAGGAGGAAUACCAAGAACAUAUCAAAGAGCACGAAUGGGAUAAGCCAAACAUGUGUAGUUUCUGUCGAGUUCCCUUUCCUUCAAAGGCAGAGCUAGAGGAACAUGUUCGUGACACACAUGACAAAGGUGUGCGAUAUAUGUGUGAAGUAUGUGGCUUCCAAGCUAGCUGUGCUCUUGACAUGAAACAUCACAAAUAUGAACAUGACGAUAGCAUGCCACACACGUGUGAAGUCUGUGGCAAAGGUUUCACGCUCAAAAGUAAACUCAAAAGUCACAUGAUCAACCAUCAAGAUGAAAUGCCGUUUGUCUGUGAGGUAUGUGGUAAGAAGUUUAAGAGGCGAUCUACACUUCGUAGCCACAGCUUUGUACACAGUGAAGGGAUGAAGUGUAGAUUCUGUGAGAAAGUCUUCCGUUCCAUAGGAGGCUGUGACUAUCAUAUUGUCAGAGUUCAUUCUCACUUAGUCAACGUAGACAACUACAAAAAAAAUCUAGUCAAAUGUGAGGAAUGUGAUAAAUACUUCCCUUCUAAAUACUCUUAUGAUCAGCAUCAGAUUAAACAUUUGAAGGAGAAAGCAUGGAUGUGCCACAUUUGUGGGAAAAAGUUCAAAACACAAGCACAAUUAGAUAAACACAAACCUAACCAUGAACUGGUAAAACCUUUUUACUGUCAGUGUUGUGGUAGUGCAUUUAUAACUCAAUCUCGACUUGAUGCUCAUGUUAAAACAGAUAAACAUAAAGAAAAUAUGCUGAAAUCUCAGGAUCCCUUGACACAAAGUGUCUAUGUCCAACAGACAGGAGUGUUACAACAGGAAAUCUUAAACCAAGAUGGAGGUAGUCAACAGCAGGGAAUAACACAACCAUUUCUACAUGCAAAAAAGGCAAAGAAGACUGUCUCAGUUCUGAAGAAUCCAAGACGAUUAGCUGCUGCUGUUACCAAAGAUGUCAAUGAUAACAGUGGCCAAGAAUUUGUAGUGACCAAUAGAGAUCUUGAUUUAGAAACAUCUGCUACGGUAUAUGACUAUCCAGAGAAAACAAUUAUCAUCAUUGGAUCAGACAACAUUAGUCAGGACAUAGAAUAUGAAUUACCGGGGGAGAUUGAGUAUAUCCAGGAGGGAGAUAAAAUUAUACCAACCAUUAAUGGCAGCCAGAUACAGAUUGUUGAUAACGCCAUGAAGCCAGUUCCUGUUCUUAUGGUCCAAAACCAAGGAAAUUCUUAAGCCUUUUAUAAUGGUCCAAAACCAAGGAAAUUCUUAAGCCUUUUAUAAUGGUCCAAAAUCAAGGAAAUUCUUAAGCCUUUUAUAAUGGUCCAAAACCAAGGAAAUUCUUAAGCCUUUUAUAAUGGUCCAAAACCAAGGAAAUUCUUAAGCCUUUUAUAAUGGUCCAAAACCAAGGAAAUUCUUAAGCCUUUUAUAAUGGUCCAAAACCAAGGAAAUUCUUAAGCCUUUUAUAAUGGUCCAAAAUCAAGGAAAUUCUUAAGCCUUUUAUAAUGGUCCAAAACCAAGGAAAUUCUUAAGCCUGCAAUAAUGGUCCAAAACCAAGGAAAUUCUUAAGCCUUUUAUAAUGGUCCAAAAUCAAGGAAAUUCUUAAGCCUUGUAUAAUGGUCCAAAACCAAGGAAAUUCUUAAGCCUUUUAUAAUGGUCCAAAAUCAAGGAAAUUCUUAAGCCUUUUAUAAUGGUCCAAAAUCAAGGAAAUUCUUAAGCCUUUUAUAAUGGUCCAAAACCAAGGAAAUUCUUAAGCCUGCAAUAAUGGUCCAAAACCAAGGAAAUUCUUAAGCCUUUUAUAAUGGUCCAAAAUCAGGGAAAUUCUUAAGCCUUUUAUAAUGGUCCAAAACAAAGGAAAUUCUUAAGCCUUUUAUAAUGGUCCAAAACCAAGGAAAUUCUUAAGCCUUUUAUAAUGGUCCAAAACCAAGGAAAUUCUUAAGCCUGCAAUAAUGGUCCAAAAUCAAGGAAAUUCUUAAGCCU